UCCCCAAUGUACCUGCCCCAUUCCAUUAAUUUGAGGUUAUCAGUUCCUUCACCUAUCUCAUUCCCCUCCCCCAUUCCCUUCACCUCAUCAUCCAUACUACCCCUCCCUCCUGUCUAAUCCUAACACCCAGGCCUUGCCUGAGCCAUCAACCUUGUCCCUUCCUCUGCCUCCUGUGCCCAAGACACAGCCUCAUCCAUAAGUCAGUCAGCCGGUGCGUGCGCUAUAACUACAUAUAACUACAUAUCCGAAUGUACACAGCUGAACUGACCCAUCAUUCACAUUCAGCCCCGGGAGGAACAUCCCAGAGCGCGGCACCGGAUUCCCUCACUUCCGGGGGCGCGCUUUCUGCGGACCGAUGUGACGUCCCUGGCGGGCCCGCGCACGCACCGCCCCCUCUGCGUCUGACUGAGGAGACGUGAUCGAGCCGAACCGAGCGGGACCGGGGAGAGGUGAGAGCACCGGGAGGCUGAUGUGCAGGCAGGCGAGGUGAAAUAAGAUGGCAGAUCAGCGGCAACGUUCUCUCUCCACCUCUGGGGAAUCACUGUAUCAUGUCUUAGGACUGGACAAGAAUGCUACCUCAGAUGAUAUUAAAAGAUGUUACCGGAAGCUAGCAUUGAAAUACCACCCAGAUAAGAACCCAGAUAAUCCAGAGGCGUCUGAGAAAUUCAAGGAGAUCAAUAAUGCGCACGGUAUCCUGACAGAUGCCACAAAGAGAAACAUCUACGACAAGUACGGGUCACUCGGCCUCUAUGUGGCGGAGCAGUUUGGGGAGGAGAAUGUUAACACAUACUUUGUUCUGUCCAGCUGGUGGGCAAAGGCACUGUUUAUGUUCUGUGGACUGAUCACUGGAUGUUACUGCUGCUGUUGUCUCUGCUGUUGCUGUAAUUGCUGCUGCGGGAAGUGUAAACCGCGACCCCACGAAGGGGAGGAGACUGAUUUCUACGUAUCCCCUGAGGACUUGGAGGCACAGUUGCAAUCUGAUGAAAGGGAUGCUGCUGAUAUCCCAGUGUUGGUACAACCUAGCUCAGCCACGGAGACCACACAACUUACCAGCGACUCCCAUGCCAGCUACAACACUGAUGCAUUCAACUGAGUGUGUACAGGACCCCCAGGUCACUAGGAUUAGAGAAGAGGGGGAGAACUGAUCUGAUCCUACAGCCCUCUGUGUAAAACAUGCCCCUGACCCCACAUCUGACCAGCUUUUAUCUUGUCCCCUCAGUGCGGUGAUUGAACAUCCGGGGAGACCGGCGCAUGCUCACCACUCUCCUUCCCAACAUGAUCCUCUUCCCUCCUUUCAUGAUCAAAUAUUUUUAAUUUAUUUUUAUUUUGUUUAUGUCUAGUUUUUAAUGGGUAUAUUUUUGUAUGGGGACCUGUUACUUCUGCACCCCUCCCUUUUUCUCCCUUCAUGUUACCUUAUGUCAUGGAGCCAAGCCCUCCAUUGUUCUCUCCUAACAUCUUUAGGAGGAGUGUGUAUGUUAUGUUCCAGAUCAGUGUGACAAAGGCAACAAGUGGUUCUGUAGUUUCGGAUCACUUCCUGGGUUUUUGGUGAUUAUUUUGUUUUUGUUUUUUUCCCUCUGUCUGGAUUCUCUCCCCUCAAGGUGAAUUUUAAUCAUGAAUGUGUCACAUUGUAGUGCGAGUGCUUGUGAUGAGUGUGUGCUUGCAGAGGACUGUUUGGUUGUAUGCGAGGGACGCUGCCUGAUCUGCUGCUAGCUCCUGGCGCAUUGUAUGGAGGAAUACGGUUGUGCUGCUGUGUACUCUGCAUUGCUGGGAACAAUUCUUUACGUGACAAGGGAAGUGACUCGAUUUUCAAAGUUAUCUUAGAAAAAGUUUCACUUCUGUCAAAAACAAAAAAAUUUAAGUUUUUUUUUUUUCAGGCUAAUUUAAACCAAUAGUACAGACCUUGCUGGGUGAUAAAUCACUUAAAAAUCGCUGAAACUGCACUUUAAUAAAAUGUAGGUGUACUGUAUUUUACCUCCUCUAGUUGGUGCUGUAUGCAAUGUCUCGUAACACCACAGUAACUUUGCUUUAUCACAUUUCCUUUCUUUUACCAAUAGCUAUUAAAUCUCCUCUGAGCAAUGUAUGUAAUCUUGUUUGCAACCCUGAGACUGAACCUGAAAUAUGGAUGUUGUAUUAUUGUAUCUCUGGCUGUAGGAAUUAAAAGCUAAUGUCACCCAAAAUGGAAAUUCUAGACGUUAAACAAAAAUAUAUAAUAUUACCUUUGUUCUGUUGAUCUGCUCUAUCCUGCCACAACCAACUGAGGCUGUCGCUCCUUUCUGUAUGCUAAUAGACUGACUAGGCAGGAACUUAGGAGCGCAUCCCAUAUCUGGCGGACACAGUGGGGGGUGGGGGUGGUCUUUCUCAGUCUUAUAGUCGGUGUGCUGCUCAUAGACAACCAGCAGAAGGGGGAACUGUUCCCCUCUCCGUGUAAGACUGAUCGGGUGGAUCACUGGAACACAUGUCGGUUAUAUAUAAUAUUGGCGGUAAUCAGUUCUUUCCACACCCGUUUUGUUUCUGCUGACGGGUGUGGUAUCAUCAUUUCAGCUCGCUACCCUCUGGAUAGCGAGGUGUCCAAAACUUUACGCAGCUAAACCUGAUUGCUAUGGGCGCAAAAUGCACGAUAACUGGGAUCACUUUAAAAAGGAGAUUGGGCGUGAUAUAUCAUUUGAAUACCGCCCUCUUUGUUUGUGUUAAACUUCUAGAAUGCCACCUAGUAACUGAAUCUACAGAUUUGUUUGUAUUUAUCCUAUAAGAGUGAGGUAGUGGUGUCCUCUACAUUUCCUCAGCAGUGGUUUUAGUUAGUGAUGCAUUGGAUCUAGUUAGCACUGGUGGAAGCUGUGAUGGAAAGAUUUUCUAUGUCUUCACAGCUCUUAGCCGCUACUAAUUGCAGGGGGCCUGGUUCAGUGACUGUAUACUCCGCUCUGCAUAUUGCUGGCAAAGUAGCCAGUGCCAUAUUUAUUUGUAUAUAAAGUCAGUAGUACUCUACAGCACUGUAUUUAUCUGUAUAUAGUGUCACUAGUGUACACAGCACUGUAUCUAGUGCGGAGAGUGUAUUUGUCACUAUGCCAAAGAUAUGCGAGUGUCCAUCCAGCCCCGCGGCUUGUCAGAUGUCCUAGUACUCCAAAUGCAGUAUCAAUCUUGUAAUCCUGACACUCCACCCGAUAGCCUCAUCUAGUCGCUCUAAUCCUCCUCAUCCUAUAUUAAGGGAGCAAUCCAAGGUACCCUGUUUCUGCUAAAGUGCCCAUCCACAUGUAACAAAAAAAAGAUAACCUGGCUGAUAGGGCAUGGUUUUAGUUUUCCCCACGCCACUGGUAUGUCCGCUUACCUAGAAAUAGUAGGCUCCACACGAGCGUUCAGAAUGACACAAAAUCACCCUGCUUACACUGCCAGCUUAACUUUGAACCCAACUUAGGCUGAACAUACUGUAUAAUAGGUGCGGCGAAGUGCCUGUGUACAUGGGGCCCUAUUGCCUCUGAGCGGCAUAUGUGCCCCAUGUGUGUGGGUGUUGUGUGCUUUAGUCACAGUGAAUAGUAAAUACUGUAUAAGGGGUGACCAUUCAAUCUCAGAUUGUCAUAAGGCCCUAGCAGUGCCGAGCUUGAGCAUCCUCUCUCCAGUAGAUUUAUGUGGAAAUUUCUGUUUAAAGUGUAUCUGUCUUGUUUAAUAUCAGUUUGGAUGAACAAGGAGACUAUGAAUUUCUGUCAGUGAUCUUAAUUGCAAUUUUAUGUAACGCCUUCUCCCUGCUCAUGGUUUUUGUUGUGUGUUUUUUUUUUGUUUUUUUUUCAAAUUUAAGGCUGGCGUUAUGUCUGUCACAAAGUGGCGCCGCUGUCCAAAAAUCCCAUUUGGCCUGUCUUCAUUGUACCUCCCCUCACCUGCUGCUGCCAUUCUUUAAAGAAAUUGUAUGCUAGAGAUAGGCAACCUAGAGCGUACUGGAACUUGUAGUUCCACAGAUGCCAAACAGCCAUACAUUACCUAAGCCAAAUUUUAUGCUAUAUAUGUCUGCUACACCCUUACACCUCAAAUGACCACUAAACUUUUACAUGGUUAUACUCAAGGUGAUGCAGUAAUCAUGUGGACAUAUCACUUCUGUACUCAGAAUACUCCGUCAGUAAUCCUACUGAAAGACAAUUAUGACGUCCUAUAGCACCCCAAAUAUGUACAGGGUGUGCUUUUUACAUUUACAGUAUCUGGGUUGAUUGCUGUAAGAUCUAGAUGUAACUGUUAGAACACAAAUGUAAAAGAGUCUGCCUAUCAAACCCUUUAAUGUAUUUACAUGUGUCUUAUUAGAAUGGGUCAGUAAACCCUGUAAAAAAAAUAAAAUAUCAGUGUAGAAUAAUGACUUUACUAUAAGGGGGUACAGUAUGUUUUAUUUUUUUUCUCAUUGGUUUUUGAAUGUGUUCCCCCCCCCCCAUUAUCUGUAACCUGUCUAAAUAACCUAGAUUUACCAUUUAUAUUUCUUAAAAUGUGUGAGGAGCGUCUUAUGUGUAGACCUGCAGAAUUCUCUUAAGAAGCCAAACUGAUAUUUUUCAUACUAGAUCCACCACUGUUCUGCUGUACUUAUUGAAUGUUCCCUUACCCUUGUUUUUACUGCUUCCGUUACGGAGUCACUACGACACUAAGUUUUCCGCUGUCCGUGGCCUGCCAGGAGUAAAACGUUGCAAGCGUCAGCGCCCACGCAUCUGUGUGUUUGGCUAUCUGGGGGAUGGGGUCGGGGUGACACUGAGGUCCCUCUGAACAUUUGCAGAGGAGAAAAUCAUGUUUUGUUUGUAGCAUGUCAUUAUGUAUGUUUGAAUUACCUAACGUGAAACAAAGCAAGAAGGAUGUUAAGUUAUCUGAACCACUACUGUAAAAUAAAUGUUUCUGUGCAGGAACCUCA